CACCACAAUUAGGAAUAUCAUCGGUAAUAAUAGACAGUUUCUUGUUUCAUUAAUCUAACCAGUAUCUUCCCGACUAGAGACGUUCAACACUAAUAUCAAAUCAGCUCUUUGAUAUUGUUUAGAAAUCUAGCACUUCAAGAAGAGCAUCCACAAGAGCCUACCUGACACUUUCAUCAACAGCUGACUUGAAUGGUUCCAUACUGAAGAUCAAAUGACUGGCCAGAAAUCUGACAACAAACCAAGCAAAAAGCUAUUGCUUAGAAAACGCGUCAAAGAAAAUGGAGACGGACUGGACAUACUCUGCGAAGACCAUCAAAUGGCGUCGCACUUCAAAUCAUCACUUGACCAGAAUCCAAUCAGAAGACAACAAGUUGGAUGCAGGUAUAACAGUGACAUUCAGGCGAUCAUUUGAAGUGGAAUUUCUGGUGCUAGCUAAGGAGGACUGGAGAGAACAGGGAAAAGAUAAACAGAUACUGUUGAAGCCACAUGUCUCAUUUACAACCCAAGGGAAUAAUAAUAGUGUUAGCGUCGGUUGCACAGCGGUUAGCAUGCUCGCCUACCAUGCACAUGCUUUGGGGUUCGAUCACCGGCCACCGACGCAUUCCUUUGUCUCAAUUAUCCAGCAAUAAGACUGGUAAAGAGAGAAGGUUGGGCAUGAGGCUGGUCAGCAAC